AAAACGUACCACACAUUUAAAUUCAGGUAUAAAAGGCUCGAGGUCUAAAGGAGAUUUUCACACCGUCAACAUGGUAGCGUGGACAGAUAGUGAGCGCAGCGCCAUCCAUGCCCUGUGGGCGAAAAUCGAUGUGGGGGAUAUUGGACCCAAGGCUCUGACCAGGCUUUUGAUUGUGUAUCCGUGGACACAGAGACACUUCUCAACCUUUGGUGACCUGUCCACAAUUGCCGCCAUCCUGGGAAACGAGAAAGUCGCCAAGCAUGGCAAGGUAGUGAUGGGUGGGCUGGAUAGAGCUGUGAAGAACCUGGACGACAUCAAGAACGUCUACUCCGCACUGAGCACGAUGCACUCUGAGAAGCUUCACGUGGAUCCUGAUAACUUCAGGCUUCUUGCUGAGUGCAUCAGUGUGUGCGUGGCUGCCAAGUUCGGCCCCUCCGUCUUCACCGCUGAAGUCCAGGAGGCCUGGCAGAAGUUCCUGGCUGUGGUGGUGUCCGCCCUGGGCAGACAGUACCACUGAGGCUCAGGGGACGCAGGUCACAUUCAAAUAAUGUGCAGCAGCCCUACAAGUGCUGACAAUAACAAUAAAACUCAAUUAAAAUGCA